GCUCGAGGAGAGAGUGCAGCUCCGUCAUCCUCUUUGCAGAGAGACAGAGAGGAGGGAGGGAGGCAGAGGGAGGAGUGAAGCCAGCGACUGAACGAAUGAGAGUCAGGCAGAGCGGAGCGGCACAACAAUAGUGGGCUGCUCUUCUGGCUGUGGACUCACAGAGACAGAGGGAGCUCAGAGGAACACACAGACGCUCUGUAAAGCAGCUGCAGGCAGAUUACAGCUGGCGUUUACAUACAGGCGUUACAGGCUACUCACUUUUGUUUUUCCUCUUGCUGUCUCUGUGGCGAUCAUUCUUCACCAAACCACAGAAUUACCAAAUAUUGACGCAGGAGCAUUUUAGGAAUUUUUGUGGUCAUUGCAUGGCAUUUUGGCCAUAUGCUGACUUGAGGAACGUGGCUACAGACAUUUUGGACUAGUUUUUCUUGUACCGUGUCCAUUUCUGUGAGGGUCACCGCUUGGACACUGGAACAGCCGACUCAACCAGAGUGGACUUUUGUGGACUUGGGAUUUUUACACUCGGACUGAGGGAUCACCUCGAUCACCCCUCGAAAGAGAACACUCCUGUUUGUUUGUUCUGACAUUUUUUGUGUGGAAGGGGUCGCUCCAUCCCUGAAGGAAGGAGCAGCAGAGCAUUUGUUGUGUGUGUCUGCGUGAGACAGAGUGUGUUCUGGGGGAUGCCUCUGGAUGUGGUGAUUGCCCCAGCGGAGGACUGUUUUUGGCCGGACCUGCAGGACACAGACAUGAGGCUGAAGAUCAGGGUCCGCCGGAUGAAGGAGGGGAGAGAGCUUCGAGUUAAUUUGUUUAGAGAGGCAGAAUAGGAAGAAGGAGGAUUAAGAGGAUGACAUCAUGAAGACGAGAGGCGAUGAAGAGGAAAGAGAGGAGAGAAAAAGGGCUCUGGGGGGAAGAAUGAGAGCUGUGACCCGCGGAGGCUUUGCAGCUUUCUCCUCCUGUUUCCCUGGCCUGUGUGAGGGGAAGCCUGCCACUGCUCUGCCUAUGAGCUUGUCCCAGCCCUGUUUGCCUGUGGCUAAUGUAGGGCCCACUCGCAUCCUGCCGCACCUCUACCUGGGAUCACAGAAAGACGUCCUCAACAAGGAUCUGAUGGCUCAGAAUGGGAUCACCUACGUGCUGAAUGCCAGCAACACCUGCCCCAAGCCAGACUUCAUCAGCGAGAGCCAUUUCAUGCGCAUCCCAGUAAACGACAACUACUGCGAGAAACUGCUUCCCUGGCUGGACAAAACUAAUGAAUUCAUAGACAAAGCUAAGGUGUCAAACUGCAGAGUCAUUGUGCACUGCCUGGCUGGAAUCUCACGUUCAGCAACCAUCGCCAUUGCAUACAUCAUGAAGACAAUGGGCUUGUCAUCAGAUGAUGCCUACAGGUUUGUAAAGGACAGAAGACCGUCCAUAUCACCCAACUUUAACUUUUUGGGUCAGUUGCUGGAGUUUGAGAAGGGCCUGCGGUUACUCCAAGCUUUAACCUCUGAUGACAAGAACUCUGACAACACUAAGCAAAGCUCAGAGGUUAAUGGGGUCUCCACAGGGUUCGAGAUGAAUGGUCACCACAGCAACUAUGAUUCAUCUGUGGCUGAGCCCCACAUCCCACCAGAACCCAAGCUGCUGUCACCCACAUCCCUCCAGCAAGGCUUCAACGGCCUGCACCUCUCUGCAGAGAGGAUCAUGGACACUAACCGGCUCAAGCGCUCCUUCUCCCUGGACAUUAAGUCUGUCUACUCCCCUAACAGUCCCCACUGUCCCAGCCUGGCACCCACACACUCUGAAGACGUCCCCAAGCUGUGCAAGCUUGACAGCCCAGGAACAGGUACCUCCAACGGUGUCUGCUCUCCUGUCCUAGACAGCCCCAGCUCCUCCGAUUCACCAUUCCCCUCACCAGGCAGCGGGGGCAGCAUAGGAGGUUUGGGGCUUGGUGGAAGUGAAGGAGUCCAUCGGUCCGGUUCCUCCAGACCCAGGAGAAAAACCAAGCACAGCUGCGGCAGUUCCCCGGUCCACUCCCAACCAAACCAACCUCCACAGUCCCUCAACUUGUUGCUGGACCGCAAGAGCCCCAGCCUGGAUGAAAACCUGAAGGGCUCCCUGCUCCUCUCGCUCCCCUCUGUGCCCACAGUGGGGUCUGGGGCCAUGUGGACCAAACACAGAGACACUGUCCAGGCCACCACUCCCGUCACCCCAGUCACCCCAACCACAGAUGCUCCCUGGCACUUUGGGGCAGAGGAAGGGGGUGAGGGAGAGAUGGAGCUGGGAGGAGGAAGUGGAGGGGGAGAGGAGUCCUCGGUAAGGUUCGGUAGCAGCUCGGCGUAUGUGGCGUUCGGGUGCAGUGAAGGUGUGCGGUUACGAGACAAAUCCCAGAGGGAGAAGCCCUCAGCACCACAGACUCAGAGAGACCACCGGGACUCCACGUCGUCUCCAGCGGUGAUGUCCAGCAGCUCAAACAGCAGCGGACCUGCAUCAGAGAAGCAGUUCAAACGGCGCAGCUGUCAGAUGGAGUUUGAGGAGGGCAUCUCCGAGACGAGGUCCCGAGAAGAACUGGGGAAGAUCGGGAAGCAGUCAAGCUUCUCUGGGAGCAUGGAGAUCAUCGAAGUCUCCUGACAGAUAGUGGACAUUAUCAGAGCUGUCCCUUGGGGGCAAAAAUGGACCUGCUUAGAGGGAGUGCAAGAAGAGGACAAAUGAGGUGGAGCAGAAGAGAUUUUUUUGUGCUCCCCUUAAAGACAGUGUUAAAGACUCCAACUAAGAGAAGGACACAAACAAGCUGAGAGUUAAUGUGAAAAGGUUAGCAAGCGAAUGAGCAUUCGCACCUGGACAGACAGAGCCUCAGAUGUGGUGCUUAGCAGACCAUACCCAUCCUGAACUCUUAUACAAAUUUGCAGAAAAGUGUGAGGGAGGGAGAGGUGAAGGGGGAGACUGUAGGUACUGAAACUCUUUCUGUUUAUGAGCUCUGUCACAGAUCAAAAGAAACAACCCAGGGCAAAAUGUCAUGUUGCAUCCUUAAUAUAUAGAAUUCCCUUAUUUUGACAGAGUUCAGACACAAACUGCUUGCCUGUGGUCAAAUGUGGUGUGCUUCAGUGGGUGUAUAGCUUGUGAUUUGCACCGAGCCCCAUUUUUCCUCCCAGAGCUUCACCCCAGCGUCAGAGAGCCUCAGAACCUCGCACGGCUUUGUGUGCACCUUUCCCACCGGCUCUGCCUGCUACAGACUCUGUAUAACAGCAUCAACAUCAGUAGCGGACUCCUUUACAGCACCGUCUACUCACACCACCACAGCACAAGGC